UGUUUCAAAUUUUAAAAGCUUUGUGACUCAGAAUUAAUGGCCGAGUCUUCCAUCACCGAUUCCCUUCCCAGCAAUUCUCAUGCAGAUUAUGCUGAGAUUGUGGUGGUGCGUCAUGGGAAAACAUCAUGGAAUUCUGAGGGAAGAGUUCAGGGACAAGUGGAUGUUGAAUUAAAUGAAACCGGAAGACAACAAGCAAUUGCAGUGGCUAAUAGACUAUACAAUGAACCAAAGAUCUCUAUUAUAUAUUCUUCAGACUUGCAGCGAGCUUUUGAAACAGCACAAAUAAUUGCAACCAAAUGUGGAGGGCUAAAGGUUGUCAAGGAUUUGGACCUACGAGAAAGACACAUGGGGAAUCUUCAAGGACUUGUUUAUCAUGAAUUAGCAAAGACUAAUCCCAUGGGUUAUGAGGCUUUGGUGUCUAAUAAUGGUGAUCAAGAACUCCCUGGUGGUGGAGAAAGUUUCGUUCAACUAUUUGAACGUUGCAAAUCUGCAUUGUUGAGAAUCGGAAGAAAACAUAAAGGGGAGCGAGUUGUUGUUGUGACUCAUGGGGCAUCCAUUGAAACACUUUACAAGUGGGCAGGUGCAAAUGGAAGUUAUGCAGGGAAAAUAGACAAUGCAUCCAUCGCUAUUUUUCAUUUGUAUGGUGAGGAUCAAUGGACCUUAAAAAUGUGGGGUGAUGUAAGCCAUUUGAAUCAUAAAGGAUUUUAGCAACCUAAUUUUUGAGAGUUACAAAGCUGCUAGUUAGGUUAAAAUUUGUCCAUCCAAUGCUAACGAUGAUACAAAGGAUGGAAAGGAAAAGGAUAUCAGAAGGUGUUACUACAUAUAGUUUUGGCCCCUAUCAUGUGGGAAGUUAGUUAUAUUUUGUAACUUAGUAUGCAAAUGUAUCAAAUACCAUUAAGGAAGGAUAAAGAUGCAUAAACUAUAUUCCUUUUGUGCCAAUGGUUUAUCAAUCAACAUGAACUUUUGUUUUUAUUCUAUU